AAAAAAAGGAUGAAGUAUCGCACAAGCCAGGACUUCAUUUUAACGAUCGAACACAAACAAACAAAACCCUAACUUUAACUUAACUUAACACCGUUAAAUCCCAAAUUUUUCACGGCGUGAUGAAGAGAAUCGUGAGGAUAUCAUUCACCGACGCGGAAGCCACCGAUUCCUCCAGCAGCGAAGACGACCAAGCACAGAGAAUCACCGGACGCAGAGGGAAGAGGUUCGUCAACGAGAUCGUCAUCGACCCGUCGGAUUCCUCUAACAAUAAUAAUCGCGAUCACGGCAAGACGCGGUUCAAGAUCAAGAUUGAUAAGAAGAAGAAGUUUCGAGGGGUGAGGCAGAGACCGUGGGGGAAAUGGGCGGCGGAGAUCAGGUGUGGUAAGGCGCACGGUGGAAAUCGUGAAGGAGGAAGAAGGGCUCCUGUUAGGAUCUGGCUUGGGACGUUUGAUACGGCGGAGGAAGCUGCUUUGGCGUAUGAUGAGGCCGCGGUUAAGCUUAUUGGGCCUGAGGCGGUUACUAAUUUCGGUUGUUGUUCUGAGGUAGUUAAGGGAAGUGGUCCCGAUGCUGCUGCUGCUGCUCCUGGCACCUCCGAUGAUGAUGAUGAUGCUUGAUUCUCUUUUUUUUUACUUUUUUUACUUUGAAAGUUGUCUUUGUGAAUAAUAAAGUCAUAACAAAUGUGCAGUUUCUGAUUUUCUUAUUACAGAUUCUUGUUUGUUUAAUGUAACUGUACAUUGUGAUCUGUUUUUUUUUUUGUGUGUUUCUUUAUUGUGCAG